AUGACCUCCGACUCACCACCUCAGAAGGAAUCUUCCACUCUUCUGGUCUUCAGUCACAAGAGCCCGGAAGAGGCGCGUAUCUUUGGCCUACGAGGAAGUGAUAUCGAGGAUAUCAGACCUGCUCCAGCCUCAGAAGUUCCCGUGUCGCCAGAUGAUUGGGGUUUUACCAGUCCGACUUCCGAUGGGUUUUGCAAAUUCUGUCAGCUUAUGCUGCAUCCUGAUGCGCCUGGUCUAGUCCAGCAUCAACCCAAUAUCCAGCACCUGAUCAGUUCCGGUGAAACCUGCUCAACAUGCAAAUGGCUCGAAAUCAGCGUCACAAGGGGCUCACCCGCCAUAGUCUCCCAAUUUCAACGGGGUGACCCGGGGCUCUGUGAUAAAAAUAACACCACGAGGCCUUUGACUGUCGAGUUAACAAAGCACGAAAAGUACACCAUGGCUGUUAUGAUUGUUGGGGAUUUACAGGUUUAUACGAACAGAGGGGGGCCUCUAACAAUAGCAAGACCGUCUGGGCUAGGAGAGCUAGCUAGUCGACGUUUCUGGAUACCGCAUUACGAGUUAGAUGAAGAAAAGCCUUACACUCGGCAGGAUGUAAUCAAGAACUGGCUUGACGACUGCUCACAUCACGAAACAUGCUCCGCCUCCUUCUCGUCAACCCGCAACGCUAAGCUUCCAACUCGCGUCUUGGACCUGACCGGCAGUCCAGAUCUACCAACAAAACCGGAUGACAUCAAAGUCCGACUGCGAGAGAUCGAGGAGGGAGAGCUGGGCACUUAUGUAGCCCUAAGCUAUUGUUGGGGCAGCGACCCAAAGCUUCACUUCAAAACGACGCGGGACAACCUGGCAACUCACCAAGAGGGAGUCGAAUUUUUUUCAUUGCCAUUGCUCCACAGAGAAGCGAUUCUCGCCACACUCUAUUUGGGAAUGCGCUACAUAUGGAUAGAUUCCUUAUGCAUCAUUCAAGACUCUCUUGAAGAUUGGCAGGUGGAGUCAGCCAAGAUGGGUUCCUUUUACUCAAAUGCACAUCUCACACUUGCCGCCACUUCUUCCGAAACGCCCGAAAAAGGACUUCUUCUCCCCUUCCAAGGCGCUGAGUGUGUCAAGAUGCACGGAGAAACCAUAAGUAUCCGAAUGGAGACGCAUCGAACGAUUGAUGGGGGGUCUGAGCCACUUAAUACAAGAGGUUGGACACUCCAAGAGGCUGUUCUAGCAUCGAGGCUUGUCUGUUUUGGUGAAGAGCAAUGGCUCUGGAAGUGUCCCGGUCGCUACGCCACAGAAGACGGAUUGAUUGAUAACCAAGGUUUCAAUGACUCUGGUCUUACACAAUGGGCCGAUAUUGUUCUUCAGGGCCCAGGCGAGGAUGGCAAGAACUAUUACAGACACUGGUAUCAGAUGGUGACCAACUACUCAAAACGGAACUUGACAUAUCAAACUGAUAAGUGGAAUGCCAUCGCUGGUUUGACUCAGAUGUUUAUCGCACAAACUGGAUACAAUUAUCUAGCAGGAAUAUGGGAAGAAGACUUGGCUGUCGGCUUAGUAUGGGAAGCCACCGCUAAAGGUGUUGUUCGCGAAAUCGGCAGUAUUCCAUCCUGGUCCUGGCUAUCAAUCAAAGGCGCCAUCAAGGGUUGCAUAUACGAAGACUCAGCGGUCUCAAUGAUUGAACUCCAGAACGCUGAGCAGGAAUGGGAGGGGGUUCCGCUUGCGUCGCCGCUCAAAGUUGCCCGACUUUCGAUCAGAGGCAGAGCUCUCCAAGCAACAUUGGGACAACGCUCUGUUACGCAGCAGUCGCGACAUCACAUCAUUGCAGCUCCGGAGAGCCAGGUCAUUUUCGGCGAGGCCUUCUUGGAUAGUUGUCUAUCGGAUGACAACGAGGUAACAAGUGUUUUCUGUCUUUUUGUACUCAAUAUGACAAAGCAGGAAGAGUACUUUGUGUUGUUACUAGCGCCUGUCACUGAAGACGGCGAUUAUGGCGAUUGCAAGGAAUACAGAAGGCUGGGGAUGGGUGUUUUAUGGAAGAAUACGAGAUCUUACGGCGACGGAGAGCAGGGUGAGGAGGUUUUGGAAAAGGCUAGUUUAGAUACUGUGGUCCUAGUCUAG